AUGGAUAUAGUGAAAACCUUAAAUUAUAAUAGAGCAAUCCCAAACCUAGAUUCACUUACAACCAAUCUAGUUGAAUCAUGCGUUAAAGAUACUAAAGAAAACUACCAGAGAUUCUGGAGACAGAAACUUGAAAACUCAUCCAAACUUACCUUCUACACAAGCAUAAAGGAAGUCUAUGAGCUUGAAACUUAUUUGACUACCAUAACUAAUUCAAACCAAAGAAAACGUUUAACACAGCUCCGACUAAGUAACCAUAAACUAAUGAUUGAACUCGGUAGAUACGAAAACAUUCCGCGAGAAGACCAAAUAUGCAAGGUCUGCCAGGCAGGAGAAAUAGAAACGGAACAUCACUUCCUAACAUCCUGUGAAGCCUAUAGUAGUCUUCGAGAAAACUUUUUAAAUGACUUGGAAAGUGAUCACACCAAUGAAACAGAUUGA